CCCCGCUCCGCCGGGGGCCCGGCCGGCCACGGAGAUGGGCGACAUGGAGUCCUACAAGGUGAUGUUGAACGGGCCGGCGCCCUGGGGCUUCAGGCUGCAGGGAGGGAAGGAUUUCAGCAUGCCGCUUUCCAUCUCCAGGCUGACACCAGGUGGGAAGGCGGCCCAGGCCGGCGUGGGAGUGGGCGACUGGGUGCUGUACAUCGACGGUGAGAGCACCGGCUCCAUGACGCACAUCGAGGCCCAGAACAGGAUCCGUGCCUGUGGGGACAGGCUCUGCCUCACCCUGAGCAGAGCCCAGAACCACCUGGGGAAGCCGCAGAAGGACUCACUCCCCUGCUCAGAACCCCUGAAAUAUAACUUCGCUCCCAGCACCGCCCUCAACAAAACAGCUCGGCCCUUCGGGGCCAGCUCGCCUCCGAACCCACGGCCCGGGCAGCCCCCGCAGCCGCUGGAGCCCCCCAGCACCCCCGUAUGCGACCCCGGGAAGUUGCGGCUGAUAGAGGAUGCUGAGGACUGGCAGCCCCGCACCGGGACCUCCCAGUCCCGCUCCUUCCGCAAACUGGCCCGGCUGACGGGCACAGACGGCAUGGAGGAUCAUGAGGAUGAGCUUGUCAAAAAGCCCAGGGAUGCCGGUGGGUCCAGCUGGGGCACAGGGGAGCAGCGGCAGCCCCCGCAGCCGCUGGAGCCCCCCAGCACCCCCGUAUGCGACCCCGGGAAGUUGCGGCUGAUAGAGGAUGCUGAGGACUGGCAGCCCCGCACCGGGACCUCCCAGUCCCGCUCCUUCCUCAAACUGGCCCGGCUGACGGGCACAGACGGCAUGGAGGAUCAUGAUGAUGUGUUUGUUAAAAAGCCCAGCCAGGUCUCCGUGCUGGACCCGUCCCCAGGAGCAGCGAUGAAGACGGAGCCGGGACUGGCCCCCAGGACUCCUGCCACCACCCCUGGCCCUGCCAGCCGCCCACCCUGGGCCGUGGACCCCUCGUUUGCUGAGCGCUAUGCCCCGGACAAGACGAGCACAGUGGUGAGCAAGCACAGCCAGCCGGCCACACCAACCCCCAUGCAGAACCGCAGCUCCAUCGUGCAGGCGGCGCAGCAGGCCCCUGAAGGGCCCGGCCGCACACCCCUCUGCUACAAGUGCAACAAGGUUAUCAGGGGACGCUACCUGGUGGCGCUGGGACAUUAUUACCACCCUGAGGAGUUCACCUGCUGCCAGUGCAGGAAGGUGCUGGAUGAGGGCGGCUUCUUUGAGGAGAAAGGCUCCAUCUUCUGCCCCAAGUGCUACGACACACGCUACGCGCCCAGCUGUGCCAAAUGCAAGAAGAAGAUCACCGGGGAGGUCAUGCAUGCGCUGAAGAUGACCUGGCACGUGCAGUGCUUCACUUGUGCUGCCUGCAAAACUCCCAUCCGCAACCGUGCCUUCUACAUGGAGGAGGGACAGCCCUACUGCGAGAGAGACUAUGAGAAGAUGUUUGGUACCAAGUGCCGCGGCUGCGACUUCAAGAUUGACGCUGGGGACCGGUUCCUGGAGGCGCUGGGGUUCAGCUGGCACGACACUUGCUUCGUCUGUGCGAUCUGCCAGACCAACCUGGAAGGGAAGACAUUCUACUCCAAGAAGGACAAGCCGCUCUGCAAGAGCCACGCUUUCUCCCAUGUGUGAGGGGCGGGAGUUCAGCUGUGCCCACGCGUGCCCCUGGCCCUGCAUGCUCCUCUCCCCACCCCUGCUGCCCCCAGGGAGCCAGGCUGUGCUCUCACCCCUUCCCCUUGCUCCUGCCUCUUUCCUGGCAGCUCCUGGCCCAGCUCCAGCUGGAGGCGGUGCUGGGUCCAGAGCGCUUUGUAGCUGGGUGGCUGCUUCUGUGACCCCCCAGCUGGCCCUAGGAGCCCUGGGAAGGGGACGCUGCAUGGGUCUCCUGCCCCCAGCCACGCAGUGUGGUGGCCAUGGCCAUGCUGAGGCUGGAGUCGGGGAGGGUCCAGCACAGCUGGGGCUGUGGCCUGGCUACCUGGCAGCUCAGUGCCAGGGCAGGGAUGUUCCUAGCCCCCCAGCCCCCUGCCAAGCUCUCCCCCACCUUCCCCGCUGCAUGCUUAGUGCAUGGGGCUGGAGACCUGGCCCUGCUCCCUUGCCGGGGCCCUGCCUGUGGCAACCCCCCGGCCACCCUGCAAACUGCUGCGGUGGCUUCCUAAGCCAGCUGCAUGCCAGGGCGGGUUUGUGCCUUGUGUCGCCCCACACAGCUGGCCUGCUGCUCUCCUGGGUCUGGUGUGCGGCAGCACUCCCAGCCUGGCCGUGCCGGGAAGCAGGGCAGUGUGCCAAGCUCGCCCCAGCUGCGGGCUGGCAGCGUGUGCUGAUGGCCGGCCGGCAGGCUCCCGCAAGGCUUGGGAACGUCUUCCUACCAAAGAGUGCCUGCCACUGCCGUCCCAGGCCUGUAAAUGCCUCUCCCAAACCCGCACUCUCCGGUCGGACUGCCGCUGAUGUAGCCACGGUGCUUUUAGUGCCUUUAAUAAACACUUC